UGCCAUAGCUCCAGGCGUGCGCUUGACAAGAUGGCGGCGCCCGCGCGGCGGCGGCGGCAGGGACUUCGCCGCCGGGUUCUUCCCUGCUUGUGAGGCGCGCGCGGUUCGAGCGUCGCGGCCCAUGAAGCCCAAGGCAUGGGCUUUCCGCCGCCGUCCCCUCUCCUCCUGGGGCUCCUUGUUCUGCAGGGAGCACUGAGGCCGCUGCGGGGGGACCUGGUUUUCGUCCCGUCUUUCAUCCGAAUGUCCGGUCCUGCGGUCAGCGCGACCCUGGUGGGAGGCACCGAGGAUGUGACCGUGACCCUGGCCGCGCUGCAGGCCGAGGCGGGAGUGCUGCCGGGCCCGGCCUGCGGAUUGCCGCCCAGCAACGAGACGGCCGCCUGGAGCCUGGCCACGACCCCGGCUGUGAACUCGCUGGAGGUGACGGUCAGAUGGAAGGGAGGCCCGUGUUCCUCCAGCGAGACAGAACCCGUUCCCGAGUCCCCGUGCCUGGUGCAGACCCUCCUGGUGUCGGCGGCUCACAACGCCACCUGCUUAGCACAUCUGCUCAUCCAGGUGGAGAUCUACGCCAACUCUUCCCUGACGCCACACGCUUCAGAGAAUGCGACUGUUAUUCCCAACCAAGUGUAUCAGCCUCUGGGGCCUUGUCCCUGUAAUUUAACAGCCGGGGCCUGCGACAUCCGCUGCUGCUGUGACCAGGAGUGCUCCGCGGAGGGCCGGGAGCUGUUCGCGCAGUCCUGUCUCGGCGGUGUGUUUGGCGGGGACGUCAGUCCUCUGUUUGAUCAGCUCUGCUCCGCCGGGGUGGCACAGCAGGUCCCGGACUGGUUUCCCUGGCUGUGUGUGCAGUCGCCCCUGGCCAAUUCGCCCUUCCUCGGCUACUUCUAUCACGGCUCUGUCUCCCAGAGACCCCGCGCUGCCUCGCAAGUGCAUCUGUACGCCGAGCCAAAAGACUCUUCGCACUUUGGUUACAAACAAGGAGAUCCCAUCAUGACUCUGGAUAAGGCAUAUCUCACUGUUCCACAGGUGUCCCUGGCCGGGCAGUGUAUGCAGAAUGCCCCGGUGGCAUUCCUGCAGAAUUUUGAUGUCAGAUGCACCACCCAUCUGGAAGCAUACCAAGAGCGAGAUGGAAUCAUCAACACGAAGAUAAGGAAUGGGACCGUAGGAGGCAUAGUUACGCCAAAAGUAACCUACGAGGAAGCAACGGACCUCGGCAAAUACAUCAGCACUACAGAAACACUCUUAGGUAAUGGGUCAGCCCCCAGAAACGUGACCGUGGAAGAGCAUUACGUCUUCAGAUGGAACAAUAACACAAUCAGUGAAGUGAACGUUAGAGUCAUCAGGGCGGAAGUCAGUGCCUCCUGGAAAGGAACAAUGACGCAGAGAUUUACAGUGCAGUUUUUAAGUUAUAACAGUGGCGACGAGAAGGAAUAUUCUGGAAAUCCAGGUUACCAGCUGGGCAGGCCUGUCCGGGCUCUGAACACCGACAGGCUGAACAACGUCACGAGUUUGUCCGUCUGGCAGCCAGCUGGAAGGGGUUUGUGUACGUCGGCGACUGUGAGACCCAUUUUAUUUGGAGAAGAUGCGUCGUCCGGGUGCCUGUUAGAAGUCGGGAUCCGUGAGAACUGUACCGCGCUCCGGGAGAAUGCUGUUGAAAGACUGAGUUCAUUAAUACAAGCAACUCAUGUGGCAAUGAGAGGCAACUCUGACUACAGCGACCUCAGCGAUGGCUGGCUCGAGAUCAUACGUGUGGACGCCCCCGGUGCAGGUGCGGACCCGCCCACCAGCGCCAGCGGCAUCUGCCUGGACGUCCCUGCCCAGCUGAGUGUCCGCGUCCUCAUCGCAGAGGCUGGCGCGGUGCAGGGGCUCAUCCAGCAGGAGAUACUCGGCGUGGAGACGAGGUUCUCCACGGUGAACUGGCAGUACCAGUGUGGCCUGACCUGUGAGGACAAGGCCGGCCUCCUCCCCCUCGGCGUGUCAGUCCGAUUCAUUAAGAUACCCGCGCAGCCACCCCGCCCUCGGACAAGAUUCCAGAUCAACUUUACAGAGUACGACUGUACCAGAAACGAGGUGUGUUGGCCACAACUUCUAUAUCCGCUGACCCGGUAUUAUCAAGGGGAGCCGUACUCUCAGUGCGUGGCCAAGGGCUUGCUGCUGGCCUGGUUCCUCCUGCUGGCCGCCUUCCUCAGUAACCCCUGGACCAGGAUACGCCAGGCCUGACUUCCAGAGACCACAGGCCUUUCCCCAAGGGUGUGCCUCUGCAAGCUUUAAUAAAUGAGACGUUUAUUUUGCUGAAA